CUAACCCUCAACAUGGGCAUUACUAAAAAAAAUGAAUCGCGGUUGUAUUGGUCCACAGACCCGAUUCAUCAUAUGCCCCUGUUCUCUUCUGCCAUGGCUAGGUAUAGAUAUGAGAAUAUAAUACGUUUUAUUCAUUUCAAUGACAAUACACUCUAUGACUCUGAAUUUAACUGACUCCACAAAAUUCGGCCCCUUGUAAAUCACCUUAACCAAAAAUUUGCAGAUGUCUAUACUCCCCAGCAAAAACAUCUUGCAUUCUGGCCGCCUUUCAUUCAAACAAUUUCUCCCCAGCAAGCAUGCCA